AUGGCACAAGAAGCACCCACGGCUCCAUGGCACGCUUCAUUCCCUGCACCACAGCACACUGCGCCCCUCCUCACGCGCGACGCCGCUCUUCCAGCUCUUGGAUCGGGACAGCUGCUCCUCGUUGACGUGCGCCGGACCGACUACGAGGGUGGGACCAUUAAAGGGAGUCUCAAUCUGCCGGCUCACAGCUUCUACCUGAACCGGGCCGCGCUCUACGACCUCUGUACGCGAGCCGGUAUUAAGGACGUGGCGUUCUAUUGCGACGUUGUCACGGAUCCCAUUCCUGAUAUCUGUAGUCCGCACGCUAAAGCUUCGCCCUUAGGUUCGUCCAACGGUCGGGGCCCCCGGUGUUCGGGCUGGUUCGCCGACUUCAUUUCCGAAAAGGGCGGCGAAUCGUCUAUACGGGCUUUGACUCUGGAUGGCGGGAUCAAGGGCUGGGUCAAUGCAGGUGGAAAGUUCGUCGAGAGCAUGGAGGGAUUUGAGCCGGAAUAUUGGAAGCAGUUUGCACAAGAUGGAGCAACUUGUUAG